CUGUUGUAUCAUGCGGAGAGCUGUGAGUGUGAAGUUGCUAUCCCCGCAGCGACAGCAAUAUGACCCGCUAAACACGUGAGUCCUGGAUACCGUCAGCCAUUACCUCAACGUUGACCGCAUUUACUCUUGCUCUCUACAUUUCAAGGCAGUUUUGCAUUUCCAUCAUUACCAAUCCAAUAAUGAACUCAGAAACUACUUCCACCGCGUUCAAACAAACAAGCGCGACGCGUGCGACAAUCAAGACAUUGCUGCCAAAUCCUUCCCUGCAAGUCACUGCAGACCACAAAUUGAAACUUCAGGAGGCGCCUGUGUACGCGCCAGCAAAAGAAGAAGUUUUGUUGCAUAUUAAAGCCACUGGCGUUUGCGGGUCCGAUAUACAUUUUUGGAAAGCAGGAAGGAUAGGCUCUCUCAUCGUCGAAGGAGACUGUAUCCUCGGUCAUGAGGCUUCAGGAGUUGUUUUGAAGUGUGGUGAAGGCGUUACAACCUUGCAACCCGGCGACCGUGUAGCAGUCGAACCCGGCGUCCCGUGUAGAACAUGCUUCUUGUGCAUGGAUGGACGCUAUAAUCUAUGCGAGGACGUCCAAUUCGCCGGUGUUUAUCCCUACGAUGGCACUGUGCAGAGAUUCAAGUGUCACCCUGCACGGUGGUGCCAUAAGCUGCCUUCCAACAUAUCGUAUGCUGAAGGUGCGCUCCUCGAGCCACUCUCCGUAGUCAUGCACGGUAUCAAAUCUGCGGGUCUUUCCCUAGGCCGUGGCGCUGUGAUAUGCGGUGCCGGGCCCAUUGGCCUCAUCGCGCUGGCAGCAGCCAGAGCAAGUGGUGCGCACCCACUUGUCAUUACGGAUCUCGAGCCAAAACGAUUGGCUUUCGCGAAAAUUUUUGUGCCUUCGGCAUAUACCUAUCAAGUUGACCGAAAUCUUGAUGCGUUGGGUAACGCAAAGAAGAUCAGGGAGCUGUUCGACUUUGAGAAUGUAGGCGAGUACGGGGCACCAGAGACUGUACUGGAAUGCACUGGCGUGGAAAACAGUGUUGUCACUGCAAUCUAUACGGCAAGAAGGGGUGGUACCGUCAUGGUCAUUGGUGUUGGGAAGGAAAUCAUGAAUAAUCUACCGUUCAUGCAUUUGAGUUUAGCUGAGAUUGAUCUGAGAUUUAUCAACCGUUACCGUGAUACCUGGCCAGCUGGUCUUCAGUGCUUAGCUGGAGGCAUACUGGACCUCAAGUCACUUGUCAGUCACACAUUUCCGCUAGAAAAGGCGCUCGAUGCCCUACAUACAUGUGCCGACCUAAGCAACGGAAGUAUCAAAGUUCAAAUCAUUGAUGAGGUAGAUGGUGUUUUAGAGUGACUUCUUCGCGAAGACCUGUGAGCCUCAUGAUGUCAAGUGAGUGUGCACUAUGGGCCAAUCGGAUUUCUCAAAGUAGCGUGGAGCAUGUGGCCGCUGAUGUGAGCAAUUUCGAAUGCUGUCGUAGCAGAAAUCAACAUUUCGUACUCCUACUUACAGCUCAAACUGCUUCUCAAGAGAAAAAUGGAUCAUAUUGAAUAGAAGAAAUAGACAAUACAUCUUACUCCACUGGUAGU